AUGGGGUGCUUUCAGGUGAGCCUACACAUGAUGGUGUUUUACUUCUGGCUGGUGUCCCUGGUGAUCGGGUCGAUGUUCAUGUGGAGCAUCGCAGCCUUGGACUUCCACUUCAACUUUAGGGUUUGGCUGGACAAGCACUGGGACGACCCUGCCCUGGCAAACGUGCGAGAUCGGCUGUGCUUGAACGGGACCGCUAGCGAUCAAUGUGCGGUGCCCCCGGCGGGGUUCCCCCACGGGUCUCCGGACCUGUGGUGUCAGGCCAAGUACGACUCGGACGAGUGCACGGCGAUAAAGGCAGAGGUAGGCAUGGCCGCCUGUGUGUGUCGAAUCCACGGGGCUGCCCUCCGGUGA